AUGAGACCUAUCAUGCUGGUGGGACACGAGCGUCCCCUUACACAGGUAAAGUACAACAGAGAGGGCGAUCUGGUAUUCACUUGUUCCAAGGACAACGUCGCAAGCGUAUGGUACUCGAUCAACGGCGAGAGGCUCGGCACGCUCGAGGGCCACACCGGUACCAUCUGGUCGAUAGACGUGGACCGCUACACCCAGUGCUGCGUCACCGGUAGCGCCGACUACAGCAUCAAGGUGUGGAACGUCUGCAACGGGCAGAACGUGCACACGUGGUCGUCGCCCGUGCCCGUCAAGAGAGUCGAAUUCAGUCCCUGUGGAAACUACAUCCUGGCGAUCCUCGACGACGUGAUGAAGUACGUCGGCUCCAUCAACGUCUACCAACUCAAGAGAGACCCGCAAACCAACGAGAUCCUCGAGUUUGUGCAGGACCCGGUGCAUUGCAUCACCACCCAGGACGGCCUCGCGGCCGCCUCGGUCGCCGGCUGGUCCGCCGAGGGCCGCUACAUCAUCGCCGGCCACAAGGACGGCAAAGUCAGCAAGUACAACACCAAGACAUACGAGUUCGAGGGCGCCAUCGAGCUCCACUCCUCCAACGUCAGCGACAUCCAGUUCUCCCCCGACCGCUCAUACUUCAUCACCUCCUCCAGAGACUCCAACGCCUACAUCGUCGACGUCGCCACGCUGCAGGUGCUCAAGCGCUACGAGGCCGACUGCCCGCUCAACAGCGCCUGCGUUACCCCGCUCAAGGAGUUUGUCAUACUCGGCGGCGGCCAGGCCGCCCGAGACGUCACCACCACCAGCGCCCGCGAGGGGAAGUUCGAGGCCCGCUUCUACCACAAGAUCUUCGAGGAGGAGAUCGGCAGAGUCAAGGGUCACUUCGGCCCCCUCAACUACGUCGCCGUCAGCCCCCAGGGUACCUCCUACACCUCGGGCAGCGAAGACGGCUUUGUCCGCAUACAUCACUUCGAGAAAUCCUACUACGACUUCAAGUACGAGGUCGAAAAGGCCGCCGAGGCAAAGGAGCACAUGCAACUCGCCGCUUAA